UUUCUCGGUAACAAGGCUACACACACAGCGUUAGGAUUAGCAGUUGCUUACUUCAGUAGAACGUUUGCAGACACGGGUGAGGUACGGGGUCAAGUUAACAACUCGUGCGAAGGAAUUUGAAAUGUUGCGUGUAAUUUUGAAAAUUUAUUUAUACUGGAGAUAACCAUAUUCUGGGAAAACUUUGAGGAAGGGGACUCGAACCAGCUAGAUACCACCAUGUAAGAAAUGUUGCUAUGCAAGUAUUUGUAAACAACGGCAAGCUGUAAUGGUCUAUAACAAUGUGAACUGUGAAAAGUAACGCUGUAAUAUAUCUAUAGUGUUCCAUUGCUGCUGAACAUUCUCCAGCUGGUUUUAUUUGUUUAGAUUUAAGAUAAACAUACAGUUAUCUGAAAAUGGGAAUAAAACUCAUAUUCGUUUGAGCAUAUGGUUUAAAUUGUGCACGUAAGAUUUGUAACAUUUAAAGGACAAAAGAUUUGGUGAUGUUUCAUUUAGACGAUGUAGUGUUACAAAGAAACUGACUUUAAAUCUGUAAAUAACACUAGUUUUAAAGUAAAGUUUUCAUGGCUAGACAGUGGUUUAAUUGUACAAAAGGACAUAUAUAAUAAGUUACAUCAAGGGAUAUCCAAAAUGGAUGGCAACGCAACGUUAGAGUGUCCGUUUGAUUUGGCAACCCCCAUUGGAAAUUCAGGUGUUGAGCCAGUGCUGGAGCGGUAUGAGUCUGCCCUGUUGAUGAUUCUCGGGUUUGGUGGGUUCUCAAUCAUUCUAGCAUUGGUACAUAAUGCGGUGAGGAAGCAUAUUUUUCACGACGAACACAAUUUGGACACAACCUUUGACGCCGGCGGGAAUGUAUCUCUUAGUUUGACGGCGGUGACUGUUGCUUCCCAACUUAUAUGGCCAGGGGAUAUUCUGCACAGUGCUACACUCACAGCUAAGAACGGCAUUGCGGGACCAUUUUGGUAUGCAGUGGGUAUCAUCUUUAAUAUUUUUAUUUUUCCAAUCUUCUCCGUCCAGUUCAAAACAAGAGCACCGGGUGCUAAAACCUACUUACAGGUGAUACAUGCCAGGUUUGGUCGUAAUGCACAUAUAGUUUUCUGCUGCUUUGCCUUAGUAACCAACCUGGUCAUUACAAUUGGAAUACUUCUAGCUGGCAGAGCAACCAUCCAGUCGCUGACCAAGGAUGCCUCAGAUGAAUUUACCCUUCUUACAAUGGCUGUAUUGUUCGGCUCAUACUCCUUGAUUGGAGGUCUUGGUACUACUUUUUAUGUGUCAUACUUCAAUGCCUGCCUUGUGUUUGUUUUGCUUAUUGUUUUCGUUGUGAAAAUUUGGCACAAUACAGACGAAGACUAUGCCGCCAUUGGUAAUGUGGAAAAGAUGUACAACGCGAUCACUUGCAUCAAAGGUCCGGAGGAAAAUUACGAACACAGUUAUCUGACCUUCCGAUCAGGCGUCGCCUUUCUCUUUGGAGUUAUCGAGGUAUUUGUAUCAUCAGCGGUGACGUACUGCGAUCAAGCCUCAUGGCAAAGCCGUAUUGCUGCCAAGCCAACCCAAGGUGUGUACGGUUUCCUGCUUGGCGGGCUCAUAUGGUUCGCGAUACCGUCCACAAUGGCAACAACCACUGGACUGGCUUACCUUGCACUCAGCUCGGAAAAUAAGACAAACCUGCUUACAAAUGCACAAAUAGACGAAGGCCUGGUUACACCUUUAAUCGCAGAAACUGUUUUGGGAAGUGCCGGUGGUAUUCUUGUGUUGACCAUGGGAGCAAUGGCAUUGAUGUCGACAGGGUCAGGAGAGGUCAUGGCAAUGUCAUCAAUUAUCGUUUAUGAUAUAUAUCAAACAUACAUUCGUCCAUUCAGACGUGAGUUGACAGAAAUUGACUGUGUACUGUGUGGCAAAAAGAAGAAAGAUAUCGUGAAGAAAAAGAGCAACAAGAACAAUGCAACGUCUCGAUGUGAGUGCCCGGAUGUCUCCUGUUGUCAACAAUGCAAAGAUGAUAUGAAGAUUCGGAGUGUGCAACAUUCUAAUGGCAUAAAGCCUCCAUAUACGUGCAGUACGCAUGGACGCUACAGAGAGUACCAGGACAGCCUGAUAGGCUUCAAAGACUGGUGUAUUGUCAUGGUUACAAUUUCAAUCAUACCUCUUGGCCUGGUCGUGUUCGAAACCGGAAUAGAUCUGAACUGGAUUUUCUACAGUGGCGCAAUUGUGACCAUACCUUGCUUUCCUCCAGUGAUACUUUCUAUAAUAUGGGUGAAAGCAACCGGAAAGGGCCUCAUUUCAGGUGGAAUUGCCGGUCUUUUAUGUGGAAUCGCUGCUACUCUUGCUGCUGCCUCAUUCUACGAAGGGGGACUUGGUAAAUUUCUUCAAAAUACCGUACAAAACUAUGCCAUUUUGGCAGGAACAUGCAGUAGUUUUGGUGCAAGUCUUUUCGGCUGUAUAAUAGUAUCACUUUUCACUCAUAAAAUCAAAAGUAUAGAUGUUGAGAACUUAGAAUGGCAAAAGAUGUACGACAUAGAAAAUCCUCUAAAUCCUUGGGAACUGAACUACAGAGAGGAUUUGAAAGGCUUGGAAUACGAGGGUAAACCAACUUUUGAACAGAUGGCGGCAACUUUCAGACGCGCCAAACUUGUAGCUUAUAUCGGUGGCGCUGUGUGCAUUGUUGCUUUUGCAGUGGUGAUACCCGGAAUUAUGGCUAUGUUUCCUAAGAUGGACCUUACCCAGUUUUCCUUUUGGAUUUGGGGCACACAAAUAUUUGCCGUUGUCAUGGCACUCAUUGUUGUCAUAGCACCGAUGACUGAGGAGAUUCAUAAAAUAAUGAAAGAAUAUAGGAAGAGUGCAUGCAAAAUGAAUGGUGGAUAUGGACAAAUGAACACCAUUAUAGCGGAAAAAACGGACGUAAACGAUAGCAAAACUCCUGUUACUAAUGUGUAGUUGUAUAUACCCAUUUAAGGAGACGAUAAACAUAUAACUGUAGAAAACAACUGUACCUCCCGGUAGUUUAAUCAAACCUUAUAUAAAUAUAGUUAUUGUAUCAGUAUUGUGUCAUUUGAAAUAACUUUCAAAUAUGUAAGCAAACGUCACAUUACAUGUUGUAUUUCUUUAAGGUAACAUAUAGACAGUAUGACACAAAAUGUUAAAAGUAAUUGAAUAUUGUUUGGCUUGAGAUAGAAAGCGGUAACACGAUGUUUAUAUGGUUUAUAUGAUUUUUGUUGUGAGACAAUCUUGUUAUUCUCAGUGUGACGUUUAAAGCUUUCUUUACUAGAACUGGUAGAAUCAUUAUCCGUGAAUAUAACAAGUCCGUAUAGGCAGAUUGGUUUAAUGAUUAAAUAUGUAUCCAUGAAUAUAAUUAUAAUGAUAACAUAUGAUGUAUCCAUGUAUAAUAUAAUUAUCAAAUAUGUAUCCAUGAAUAUAGUAAGAUUGGUUUAAUGAUCAAAUAUGUUCCCAUAAAUAUAACAAGAGCUGGUCUAUAUUCGUGAAUAUAUUGUGAGUUAGUCCAAUCACCAAGUAUGUAGGCAUGAAUAUAGCAAGAAUUGGUUGUCUUAUGAUCAAGUAUGUAUCCAUGUAUAUAUAAUGAUCAAAUAUGUAUCCAUGAAUAUAUAGCAAGAUGGUCUAAUUAUCAAAUAUGUAUUCAUGUAUAUAUAAUGAUUAAAUCUGUAUCCAUGUCUAUAGCAAGAAAUUGUUUUAUUAUCAAAAGUAUAUCCACGAAUAUAAAUAGGAUUGGUCUAAUUGUCAAAUAUGUAGGACGCAAGCAUAGACAUAAUCAGAAUAAAUGGUGUGGCUUUGUAGGAAAUGCCUUCCUUAAUUGUUUUUUGUUUGUAUAAUACAGUCAAAGAUACAGGUGAUACAGGUUAAGUAAUUUUCUAAAGCCCUGUCUGUAGUAAUGUCAGAUAAAUGUUAAGCAAAUGUUUCCAAGUAAAUCUGAAGGUAUGGUUUGUAUAGUUUUGAGGUGAAUGAGUGAUGACGUUAUACAAAUGAUUUUCAUAAAAUAAGGUCCUUUUAUCACAAAAAAAAAGAUCGUUGGGGUCACAAAACACGUCUGAUUCGAGUACAGUUUACAAACUUAGUACGCACAUUUUUCUGAGAGGUAUUUGCAAACAACAUAAAUACCAAAUUACCAAAGCUUGGCAAAGUUUUAAUUGGAUGUCACUGAAACAUUUGACACUUAUAAAAUGUACUUUUUCUGAUUUUUUACAACAGUGAACGGUAUAGAGUAGACAGAACAAAUGUAAUUCUGUUGUACUUUUAUAUACAAAUAUAUAUGUGUGCCACGAAGUCGUUUAGAUUAGAUUAUAAUAAAAUCUAGAUGGUA